GACAGAGAGCAUCCAGUUCUCAGCCAUUCAUCUCUCGGGAAGAGGAAAGGAAACAGAGAAACCAGAGAAACAGACCUUUGCUUAAAGGAAAAGGGAAAAAAAGCCUCUAACUCCAAACUCAUCAUCAUUUUUUGUUACAUACUAGAAUACUCCUGUCUCUUCUGACCCUGAGGACACUUUUCUUUUCGUGAAAACUGCAGACAUAAGACAAAGAAUCACUUACAAACUGUGCCUGUCAAGGACAGCACUGCUAUUACAGAAGCGUCUGCUGGAACCUGAACAACUUGGACAGAGCACGGAGUCCGUAGAUGAAACGCGUGGAAGCGGCACAGAGUGGUUUUCCUGGGAGGCAGAGGAGGAGCUGACCUCAGGAGGACGCGCCAGGAUCGGGGCGCUCCUGGAAGAGCUGUGGAAAGAGGAGUGGGAGGAGGAGGGUGUGCCUCACUGAGACAGAGCAUCCUCGCAGGCUUAUCCCCUCUUGCAUUUCAGACACUUUUAAAAUACGGGGAAAUAGCAGUCGAAUAAGGGGCAGGUUUUAGGAUCAUACAGCAAUAACACAUUUAAAUUGUUAAUUAAGAUUAAAACUUUCAACAGUUUUUUAAAAGCAAAACUAAUUCCUUACAGGGUUAGACAGAGUCUUGAAAACCAUUUAAAGGACAUUGCAGAAAUAUUUUUAACCACUUUUUAACCACUUCUUGCACACAUACAAACACAUCCAUCCAGGACACCCCAGUCCUCCACAACAGAAUGGAUCUCCCACCAGUCAGAGGUUCCUCUGAUGUGCCGUGAGUGUUGGGCGCUCCUUGCCCCAGCCCGGGCCUACGUCCCCGCCGCCUCCUGGUCUGGCUCACCAGGAUGGAGUCUGCUCCGCGUUCCCACAGGAUGGAGCUAGACGGGAUGGACUUUCAGCAGGUCCUGUCGCUCGAGCAGAUACGCACCAUCCGGGCUAACAAUGACUACGUGGAGGGGCCCGUGGCGCUGGAACCCGCGUCGCAGUCGGGAUUUUUCGUUGCCCACAAUGACGGUUACCCUCAAGGGAUAUACGCCCAUCACCAUCACCAGUCCUCCUUCCACUCCCAGCUGCCCCACAGCCAAAGUCUGCAGCAGCAAGCUCACCUGUCCCACCUGAGCCGCUCCAGUACCAUAAGCUCCUCCCUGUCUCGGACCAGUGCCACGUCAGACCAGCGCCUACUGGCAGGUUUGACGCCGUCCCACUCUGGCCUGGGAUCGGCGGUUCGCUCGCAGCCCAAAGGGGACUUCAAGCCUGAGGCUUCCUUGACUAAAGGCCCUGCGGGCGACGGGGCCGAGUCGGGCCUCCACUUGUUCAUCUGCGAGCGCUGCGGCCGCUGUAAGUGCCAAGAGUGCUGCGCCCCCCGCCGCCUGCCCUCCUGCUGGGCCUGCGGGCAGCGCUGCCUGUGCUCGGCCGAGAGCGCCGUGGAGUACGGCACCUGCCUGUGCUGCGUCAAGGGCCUGUUCUACCACUGCUCCGCCCAGGACGACGAGGACGACUGCGCCGACCGGCCGUGCUCCUGCGCCCCGGCCCACGCCUGCGCCCGCUGGGGCACCAUGGGGCUGCUGGCGCUCUGCCUGCCCUGCCUCUGCUGCUACCCCCCUGCCAGGCUGUGCCUUGCCCUGUGCCGGCGUGCCCACGACAGGGCCACGCGCCCCGGCUGCAGGUGCAGCAACACCAACACCGUGUGCCGCAAGAUCUCCGCUUCCAACCCCAACCCCAACCCCGGGCACCCGUCGCUCCGCAGCAAGGCCCCGGAGAAGCCGUUAUGACGAGCUUGACCGGGGGUCCCUCCAUUUCCCAAUAGCAGUCGCCAAAGCAACGCUCUCAACCAAUCGACGUGAUGCCAUUAUGACCCAAGCUGACAAAAAUCUACCGACCGUAAAUCAUUGUUCACCUUAUGUACCUUGAAUUUCCUUCUUCUCCAGUUCAGGAAGGACCAAAGCUUUACUGUGCCUGUUGAUGACGGAGACUUCAUGCCUGAGAAGAUAGAAGUGAAAAAGCUGCUUUGCUCGGCUGCCCCUCAAACUCUUUCUUCAUUGUUGAGUCUCCUUCCACUCCGCACAUUGCAAAUGGCAGAGUUCAGACAUGGCAAAAGACCAAACCAGGACCAUGUCCAUGUGUAUGUUUGCCAAGAGUCUCUGUUCUCCACGGGUGAGACGCUGGGAUCUGGACUAAAGUAGCGCUCGCGUAACUCCAACAAAAGGCUGAAGAUGAUGCUGCAAAAUAUCCGAGCUAAGCACUAAGGUAUAACAUGAGAGCAAAGCAACUUGUACCAAACCUGCAACAACAGUUCCCCACCAAAGAAGGGACCAUGCCCUGUACAAACUGAGUGAACUUCAAUGCUAUUAAGCUGUCAGAGAAAAGCACUGUGAGGUCGAUGGACAACUUUCCCUCAGCAGCCAAGAGCUGAAUGGGGAAUUAUUUAACCGGAGGGAUGGUGCAUCCAUUGUGACUAGGUAGCGUGUGCGUCUGUGAGUGUGUGUGUGUGUGUGUCCUCCUGCUGUAUGCAAACCUGUGUAUUGAGGCUGUGUGUAUGUUGUUUUGUCAGCAGAAGAAGCCUCCUUGUCUUAUUUUUAGCAGUGUCACUUCAGUGGAGCUCUGAGGGUCUGGUCAGGUUUCCUCCUCAAGUCAGUCUGUCGCCAAUCUCCCUCCUCCAACUGACCUCCUUCAUCUCAGUGCCACUUUACUCCUCCACCUUCUUUGUCCCUUCCUUUUUUUCCCGUCCCGGAUGCAGAUUUCCAAUGGGAAAACCCCCUUCACCAGUUAUUGGUUAUGCUGGUUUUGCUGGUUUUCACAGCCCUCUCUUGUCACUUAAUGUUACAAUGCUGCACUAAGUCACCAAAAGAAAAAAAGUGUCUCUUUUUAUAAAGUAUUCUCAGAUCAGACACCACAAGAAAGUCAAAUAAAACACUACGUAUCCAUCCAACCCUCCAGAAACCUGCCAACAUGAUACGUGUUAUUCCCACACACCCAUAUAUCUUCAUCUGUCUCUCUUCUUACGCUUAGAGGGCUAAAAGCCUCAGUUCCUGGUCCACAGAGAGUUGAUCAAACAGGCAAUUAGCUUCAAGAUAGCUCUUAAUGGGCUGGCGAAGAAUGGAUCAUGGGGCAGGAGGGAAAGGAGGGGACAGGAUGAGUGGAGCUGUGGUGUUUGGCAGAUGGGGAGAUGAUGGGAAGAGGGUGGCGCUGUGAGGAGAAGGGGAGGAGACAGGCUGGAUGGAGGGACGGGACGGGACGGGCGGAGGUAAGCGAGGAUGCUUCAGUCAGAUGGAGCCGUGCAGGAUAUAAUGAAGUGGCUUUCACUGCCUCUAGUCAACGAGUUGGACACUUUGUGGUUAAACAUGUUUAGAUGUAAAACAAAGGUGACAACAGUGGACGGAGCCUCCAGAAAGAACUAAAAGCUGACGUAAAACAACACACACACAUAUAGUACAUAGUCAGCCAUGUGCGUUGGUGUGUGUACACGGUUUGUAUCUUGUACGUGUUUUCAAAGUGUGUGUGUGUGUGUGUGUGUGUGUGUGUGUGUGUGUGUGUGUGUGUGUGUGUGUGUGUGUGUGUGUGUGUGUGUGUGUGUGUGUGUGUGUGUGGAUGUGUCACCCACUGUAAACACAGGCACACGCACUGACCUGAUUCAUUAAAUGUUCCUUUGCUAUAUUUUUAUAUGUAAAUAUGGGCUGUUCUCUGCAUAACUAUUUUUAUUCUGCUUUAUUUUGUUUCUAUGAGAUUGAUAUUAUUGCAGCAGUUUUCCAUUAUAGUGAGCAUUCACCUAUUUAUUGUCACUUGUGGUCACUACAGAAACAUUGGGGGCGACUGACGCGCUGCUCGUCUCACUUUAAAGUUGAGCUUUGUGUUGGACGAUACAGCAGUACAUCUGACGCACACAAAGGAACUGUACUGUCCUUCACCUCAGUGUGAUUCCUAGUGGAGCAGUACAAGUGUCCCUUGUGCAUUGUAAUGGUUUCCUCCUCUGAGGAAGGUUUAGUAGUUUGUGUGCGCUGCUGUUUUCAGGAUGCGUGAACGUGCACAUCAGUGGUUUUCCAGUCGAGGCGGGCUGACAGCUUUUGGAGGACUUGCUCCACUUAACCUUUUUUCUUUUAGUGUUGCAACAUUUUACCACUUUUAAGGUUUCCUAUGACAAAUAACUAUGAAUCUAGUUAUUUUUAAAAGUAUUGGCAACCAAAAACCGUAAUGUAUUAUUAAUGCAAAUUACCUGAGGCUGACAUCAUUUCCAAAUUAAUUCUAAUGAAUCUGAAAGCAUUUUUUCUUCGUGCACACUUGUGUGUGUUCAACCACUCAAAGUAAGUAAAACUGAGCUUAUCAAAAACACUGAAGUAUGCUACAUUAUGAUUGGCUGGCACGUCCCACCCUGCAUGCAUGCUCUUUUGAAUGACAAGGCUUAAAAAGCUGCAGAAACCAAAAAACACAGUGCAGUGUGUAAAGAAAACCUUAAAAAGUUUUCAAAGUUCACCUUAAAUUUACAGGCAGAGCCUCAGAUGGGUUCUACACAGACGCACACACGUUCUCUGCUACACUGGCUGGAAGACAGUCAGACCUUGGUGCUCGUGGAGACGACUUGAGGAAACGUUAUUUGAACCAGAAUGUUGUUUUUGUUAAUCUCAGCUGGAUGAUGUUACAGAAGAAACUAAAAAGACACUGAAAGAUUUUCCAAUUAUCUUUUAUGUGUGUUCAAAGUGAAAUAUUUACAGUGACUGUUUCAUCAUAACCUCUUUACUACUCACUGUUGUGUAAGUACUACAGAUACACACAGAAUAAAAAAAAGAGUCAAAUCAACUUUCAAUGACUCACUGAUUGUGAUUGUAUUAUUCCAUUAAGAUAUAGUUUUUGCUAAAGUCUGAACGUUGAAUUUUAAAAACCAUCCAUUUUAUGGAUAUGAAUGAUCUUGGUUCAUCCCGACUAUUCUGUGUGUAUCUGUCUGUGCAAAUAAAGCUACAGGACAAUAUAGCGUGUACAUUUUUCAAUUUCAGGGUUUCUCCACCAUCUUUUCUCCAGAACCAGAACUCAUGUCAGGAACCUGUCUGAUGCUGAAUGUGUGCCACUAUAACCACUACACUCCUCCCUGUGUCUUAGCAAGCAUCGCUUCUGGUACAAAUUGGCAUCCUGUAUGUUGUAAAAGAGUUUAAGGAGAAUAUACGGAACAAAUAUAUAUAAAAAAUCUAUCUCAAAUGAAUAUAUUAUAUGGAACAAUGUGCAUUUCACACUUUGUGUUAUUGCUGGUAUUGCUUCACGGAUAUUUAUUUAAUUGGUUGCAACAAUAGCGAUAACAAUAAUCACAGUGAUGAUGUUGCUGAGUCAGGUAUUUAUUUUACAGAGCUGAAAAGCACCAACGUUGUCAUUGUUUGUAUUUCGGUUUAGUUUCUUUUUCCACUUGGUGUGGUGUGGCUGCCGCUGCCCUUCUGGCUAGAGAUGAACCAAUAAAGGAGUUUCCAAACAGACCAGA